UAAAGUCGAUUAUCACAACUUCUGCAUCCUGUCGAUCUCUUUGGGGGCCGAUAUCUUCGACCAUGAUUGGCUAGCAUUUUAUCUAACCCAAACCUUCCCUCUUCACCACCUCCAAUCCUCCUCACGACGACGAAGAGAAACUGGUGGAAGACUUCAUACCAUACAGAGAUGGUACUCUUGAAAGGGGAGGAUUUGGAUGAAUUCCUGGAAAAUUUUUGGCAAUGUUAAAAGCAGAGGAGAUGAGGUUUAUGACGGGGAAGAGAUCGACCUCUUCUUCACGGAUUCUAGCGACGAAGACUCUCCACGUGAAUUCGAGGUCUUGACAAGAUACUGCCGAGGUACCUGCCUCGAAGACGUUCUAUCAGGCAAAGGAACGGCCGGAGAAUUUCGAGUAGUUUGGGUAGACGAUAGGACUAGCAGUCCGGCUGAAACAAAGUGUACGCUCGCAAGGCAACAUAAGAAUCCCCUCACAGCCACUGGACUCUACCGAGUGUUGGACAAAGCAAGAUUCGACCACGAACAAUUGCCCGAUGCCUCAAGGAGGCUCAUGUACUUCUCCGACCUCAGUCCUGCCUGCAUUCGGGCUCUUGCAGCCACAGUCUCAUUUCAUCAUGCCCCUGGGUUGAGAGACGCUAUCUACAAAUAUCUGGAAUUUCAAACUUCGAUCACUGUUCAAAUCAGAUCAGCUGGUCUCCUGACAUUCCAGUUGGAUUUUCACCUGCCAUUCUUCAUUUUGAGCAGGUCUUCACCCCCAUUGGAGAGUUUUGACAAGAUAAACACAAAGCCACGGAGAAAAUGGACCGAUCUUUCAUUUCUCAAUCUGGAUAAUCUAGAUUCAGAGGCGGAAGGACGACUAAUCGGAGAGAUUUGGGGAAUUCAAGAAGCUCAGAUCUCUUUUGCUGUCGCUGGAUAUGAUGAUUGGCGGUGGAUCGGGUAUGGCUUCGUGGAUUCCGAGGUCGACGGCAUUCUGGCUGAAUCAACAGAGCAAGAUCUACAAUUCGAUCAGAUUGCAGCGGGAAAAAUCGAUUCAACCCGGCCAAUUCAGAAACCGAGAGACUACUGGAUCAGAAUUUUAGAAAUUCGGAUCCUCUAUGUGAAGAAGAAGUGGGAUCACUUAAUUCAUAAAUUGGAGCUUGGAGUUGGCCAAUAUAUGAAACAAUACCCACUGACCUUGUCCCGUCGUUCCCGGACGGCGCAAGAGCGGGCCCGCCAGAUGGAAAAGGCCUUUGAUGUCAAUUCCGAAACGAUGGAAGUAUUGGGCCGGAUUGAAGGCGUUCUCUCGGACACCACAAAGGCAUGGAAAUCGUUUCGUUCUAAUGAUUCUCACAUGGGCUUUUUCCAUACAACAGAAGAUGCAGCCAUCUCAAGCCAUUCCAAGCGAUGUCUUCAGGCUAUAAAGGCAAUCUUCCAAGAGAUGGAAGGAGAUCAUAACAAGAUAAUGUUGCUUAAGCAGAAAUGUUCCGAGUUUUCAAGCACUAGAGUCUAAUAUUACAAAUAUAGUUGAAGCUUCGCUUGAUUCUAGAAAGCAAGGCUGCGGCAGACGAGAAUGGUAAGAUCUCGGAGUUUACCAUAUUGGUCCUCUACCCUCCCGCACUUGCAGUAGCGAUAUUCAGCAUGCAGAAGUCUGCAGUACCAUUUGAUUUAACUCCUCAAGCUUUUGCCUUUGCUCUUGUCGUCCUUUUCAU